AGGAGGGAGGAAGGUGCGGCGGCGGCGCGGCGUGGCCUUCCGCGGAAGGGAAGAGUCCUGCAGUCGGAGGCGGCCGGCUGAGCGUGCGCUCGCUCCCCUCAGCCGGGGCUGGGCCGGAGCCCGGCGAGGGCUGGGAACCGGGUGGGGCCGAGGACAGCGGGCCAGGGGCAGCGGCCGGAGCCGGGAAGCCAGGCCGCGCAGGGCAGAGGACGGCAGGCACGGGGUCUGCGGUCUCUGGGGCCCCGAUGUGAGGCGGCGGCGCCCCCGGCCCGAGCGCGCAGCAUGGGGGCCCCGCUCGCGGUGACGCUGGGCGCCCUCCACUACCUGGCACUUUUCCUGCAACUCGGCGGCGCCACGCGGCCUGCCGGCCACGCGCCCUGGGACAACCAUGUCUCCGGCCACGCCUUGUUCACAGAGACACCCCAUGACAUGACGGCACGGACGGGCGAGGACGUGGAGAUGGCCUGCUCCUUCCGCGGCAGUGGCUCCCCCUCCUACUCGCUGGAGAUCCAGUGGUGGUACGUACGGAGCCACCGGGACUGGACAGACAAGCAGGCGUGGGCCUCCAACCAGCUAAAAGCAUCUCAGCAGGAAGACGCAGGGAAGGAGGCGACCAAAAUAAGUGUGGUCAAGGUGGUGGGCAGCAACAUCUCCCACAAGCUGCGCCUGUCCCGGGUGAAGCCCACGGACGAAGGCACCUACGAGUGCCGCGUCAUCGACUUCAGCGACGGUAAGGCCCGACACCACAAGGUCAAGGCCUACCUGCGAGUGCAGCCAGGGGAGAACUCCGUCCUGCACCUGCCCGAAGCCCCUCCCGCUGCACCUGCCCCGCCGCCCCCCAAGCCGGGCAAGGAGCUGAGGAAGCGCUCGGUGGACCAGGAGGCCUGCAGCCUCUAGACUGACGGCCCUGUCCCUGCCCGCCCGCCCCACGCUGUACAGAGUGCAUGAGGAGCCGCCGGACCACCGGGGACGGACUGCCUGCGUCCAGCCGUGCCCCAUCCCCGAGGCCGCCUGUGGCCACCACGUCGGCCCUCUUUCUGUCACCCCUUGCUCAGCAUGUAAGCCUCACCUACCCCUGCUCUUUCAGACCCCUGCAGUGACCUGACUCAGACAAGGUGGCCCUGGGCACCAAGGGGCCAGCCGCCCUGAACACUGGGGCGGGGACCAUGCUGGGGCCCGGGCCACCCCCUUCCUCUCACCAGCUUCUGUGGAGUCCAGUGUUUGCUUUGCUUGCUUGUCCCCCAUCCUGUCCCGAGCCGGGGUCCCCCCGCCUCACCUCCCUCCUCCUACCAUCCCUUGCUUAGACCUGGGGGUGUGGACAGUGACCCCCUCCCUGAAUUUGGACUUGACUCCUCUGAGUGGAACUAGGGCCUGUCCCCUGGUGAAGACCCAGGGGACAGAGUUGCCAGGAGGGCCUUUUUGGGACGGUGGCUCUGCAGGGUCACUCACGGAGCCCUGGGAGGACAGCAAGAUGCCCCACCCCCUCCUGGCAGGUCCUUCCUGUUCAGCGCCCUGUGUGACCCUCCAGGGAUAGAGGGGAUCCAGCACUCGCUUCCUCGUCACAUAGUGGGUCAGAAGGGAGGGGCCUUCCCCUCAGACCCACGGCCCCAGGCAGAGUUUUGCACCAGCAGGACCCCUUUGAGGGUCUUCAAGGCUCUCCCCGGAGCCCCCCUCUGCCAGCUCCCAGUGCCCUAGCCACCUCUUGGGUCCUGUGCCAAGCCCACCCCAGAGCCUGGGGCAGUUGGGAGCCAAGGGCCCCUUGGUACCCAGUUCCCUCACGAUUCCCGAUCAGGGGCACACCUGCCCCCGGUUAUUUGUACAUAUUUCUAUCGGACCCAGUUUUCCUCAGAAUUGGCUCACACCUCGGGCUGCUGCUCAGUGAUGAUGCGGGGGAGGUGGGAGAGGCCGAGGGUUUUGCCUAGGGGUGGGUUGCCCUGUAUACAUGAUCCAGUCCGUAACUACCAGCCAACCCGAAUAAAGCGGUUUUAAAAAAA